AUGGGUUGGGUUGGGAUGGGAUGGGAUGGGAGUGAAUGUGAGCUUGAGCUGGUGCUGGUGCUGGAGUACAUGGCGGUACGGUACCGGUACUGGCACAGACACAGGCACAUGCGCUCGACAGGGAGGCGCAAUCGUUCAACUGCCUCGGCCGUGUCGGUGCUUGCGCCGUGCGUGCAUGCGACAGCCUCGAAGUCCGAGCACGACAUGGACGGUACAGGACUACCUGUUUGUUUUGCAGGACUUGGGCGAGUGCGCGAGAUUGUGAUGGCGUGGUGGGUUGGUGUUGUGUCUACUCUGGUACACCGGUACCUGUUCACACAUGCAUACGGACUAGGUGGCCGUGCCAGUCCCUACGGUAGGUACCGUACAGUACACCAGACCAAAACCCCCGGCGCAAAGGAUCCUCUCCUCGAUGACUUUGAUUCACCACCUGUCUUGCAAAAGGUUGUUUUGCACUACUGGCUCGCGCUAGUCCACCCCGCAAAAUGCAACGCUGUGGAGGAACAUGGACGAGGAGAUUGGGCCUACACCGGUCUCACACGCUCCAUUGUCCCCUCUAGCCUUGUUGAUAUCAUAUCCACAUUUACCAUCUAUACAUACGUACACACAAACCCCACCGGACAGGCAGAAGGGAAGAAGAAAGAAAAAAGACACCCAGGCCACGAGUUCAGCAGCACCAUGGGCAAACGUGCACGGUGGCGGUACUCCACACGCAUGUAG